AUUCGGCGGCGGCAAUUCGGGAGAAAGGGCUGAUAUAAAUAAAGAAACGCAAUGCACGGCCUGUGAGGGAGAAAACAUCGUGCACAAAGUGAGCAGGGCCUGCAGAGGGUCCGGACUCGGCGUUCAGGCCCGAGCAGGGAGAGCAACGAGGCGACAAAAUAAAAAACCACGUGAUCCAAAAUGGGCAGUCCUCUGACGGUGCUGAAAAAAGCCAUUUUCUGGCGCCGCUGCACAAUUCUGCCCAAGUGCAAAUAAUUUCACCUGGAGUCCGGCUGGGAGCAGAGAGGGGGAACUUUGAUGUCUGAUCAGAUCUGUCCAGAUGGAUAAAAUGCAGCCGAACCGGGUCAAAAUCACAGAUCUGAACCCGCUGCUCACAUGUCCGCUGUGCGCCGGCUACCUGAUUGAUGCUACAACCAUCGUAGAGUGUCUGCACUCCUUCUGUAAAACAUGCAUUGUUGCCUUCCUCGAAACAAAUAAGUUCUGUCCUCGCUGUGACGUCCAAGUGCACAAGACAUGUCCACAGCUAAGCAUCAGAGCGGACAAAACUCUGCAAGAUAUAGUUUAUAAGCUGGUUCCAGGGCUCUUCAAAGACGAGAUGAAAAGGAGGCGAGACUUCUACGCAGAGAACCGGGAGCUGGAACCGGGUGAAGUGGUAGAAACGUUUAACAUCGCAGAAGAUGAAAUAAUCAGUCUGUCCAUACAGUUCUACGAGAGGAACCGAAGCAAUGAAAGGCAGCGAUCGGAGAUGGAAGGAGACAAGUCCAAUGGGAAACGCUUCUUGCAGUGCCCAGCAGCUAUGUCUGUCAUGCACUUAGCGAAGUUCCUCCGGAGCAAGAUGGAUAUACCAAACAACUACCGGGUGGAGGUGCUGUAUGGGGAUGAGCCAUUGAAGGACUAUUACACACUAAUGGAUAUCGCCUACUUCUACGAGUGGAGAAGAACCGGACCUAUCCCCUUGCAGUACCUGGUCAAACCCACCCGGAAACGCAGGAGGCCUUUGCAGUCCGCCGCCCAGGGCAACUCUGACGGCGUCAACACCAGCCCGACGUCGGAGAGCGACUCUCAGAGCGACAAACUCCACAGUCCUGCCGCAGUCCAGCCGCCCAGAGCCCCCUCCCAGACGAGUGCCGCUUCCCACAACGCUUCCCCCGCCAUCCAAAGCCCCAAUGGCACCACGGUACCCAACAGCACUCAGCGACACGCGCUGUCCUCCAAACAGGGCUCCAGCAGCCGGAAGGUGACCGUCAACGGCACGAGCUCCGGGGCCAGCAAAGAGGAGGCACGGGGCGGCGACAAAAGCGGUGCGCCUCCAACGACUUAACCCCCACGGGGCGGCGGGGGAGGACAGUGAUAUUUAAGCUGCUCCCUGUUUUGAUUUCUCCAAGUAGCCGACAGAGGCCCGAGCUUUCAUCCUUCUGGACAGGCAGGAGGCGGAUUGCCGUUAUCUUUCAGCUGGAAAGACUGAGACAUGCAGCCAAAUAGACUCUUGUAUGUGCGUGUUUGUGUGGUAGAGUAGAGCCGUGCACACAUACAAACUGUACAGGAUGUAUCAAAUGUGAGCAUGUGUGCAUACAUAUGUAUAAACUUAUCUUUUAUACAAGAUAUCGUAACCGUUUUUGUAUCGUAUAUGCAGUGACUCCGUUUCAUUUCCACAGACGUCCACUUGGCUUCCACGGCAGAAUCAUCAAAGCUUUUUGUGGUGCGAGUCGCUGCAUACAGUUGGAUGUUGAAGGAAAAAAGAAAAAAAAAGACAAGCUAAUUCUCGCCUUUUUAAAGAGUUUCUCUGAAAGUGUCUGAUAUAAGCAACGCCUCAUCGGGUAGCGUGUACAUUUAUGGAAAACCAUUGAUGCACUUUGUGAAGGUCCAGUCACGGAAGCUGGCGGGUAUUUUCUCAGCAGGAGAAUCUCCAGCCGUAUUUUCACACUCAAGUCCAAGCACUACCACACUGACGGGCAACGUGUUCGUCAGCACGCUGUCCCUGCUCAAAGAACUGAGUGAAAAAGAAGGGAUUUUGGAAAUUUGCCAUGUAUGUUGUUCCGUACAUUUCAACAUUCCCUUUUUGUUGCUUUUCAACAGAUUCUUUUUUUUUUAAAUCAGCCAUAUGUGCAUGUUUUAGGUCAAUAAAAUGUUUACUUACUAGGUUUUUCU